GAGUUUCAAGUUUCCACUCGCGGGGCGGGGGCAGGCGGCGGGCGCGCGGCGAGCUUCGGGCCGCGCGGCUCCGCUUCGUUCACUGCGGGCUUCGGACUCGGGCUGGCCCGCGGCGUCCUCGUCCCGCGGGGAAAGCUUCGCGAAGGCCCCGCAGCGCGUAUUCUCCCCCCAACCCCCGGCUGAGGCCCACUCGAUUCCGCCCGGGGCGGCCGGGAGACACGCUCGCGGGGUUGGCGCUCGAGCCCCGGCCUCGCCCCGCCACUGGCGGCCCGCGGGAGGAGGGGGCGCAGGGCGGCCCCGCCUUCCCCCCCGAGGAGGCGCCGGGCGGCCAUAUUGCCGAGCUGUCUGCGGCGGCUGCGGCGCGUCUUCUCUCAGGCGGCUCAGGGCUCGCACCGCCGACUCUCCGCUCGUUCGCCGCCAGCCACGACGCCCCCGCCGAGCCGCGCCUCAGCCAGCCGGCGGCGGGCAGGGAAGGAGCCACUCAUUUUCGGGGCUAUAAUUGUUUAUAGAAGUGAAGAGUUUCUAAAGAAGGUAACAAACAAGAAAAAGAAAAUGCCGAAGCCAAUCAAUGUAAGAGUAACUACAAUGGACGCUGAGCUAGAAUUUGCCAUCCAGCCCAAUACAACUGGCAAACAACUUUUUGACCAGGUUGUAAAAACAGUUGGCUUACGUGAGGUCUGGUUUUUUGGGCUGCAAUAUGUAGACAGCAAAGGAUAUUCUACAUGGCUUAAAUUGAAUAAAAAGGUAACACAGCAAGAUGUUAAAAAAGAAAAUCCUUUACAGUUCAAGUUUAGAGCUAAAUUCUUUCCUGAAGAUGUUUCUGAGGAAUUGAUUCAAGAAAUAACACAGAGACUUUUCUUCUUGCAAGUUAAAGAAGCCAUCUUAAAUGAUGAGAUAUAUUGCCCACCAGAAACUGCAGUUCUUUUGGCUUCGUAUGCUGUCCAAGCCAAGUAUGGAGAUUAUAAUAAAGAGAUUCACAAACCAGGCUAUCUGGCUAAUGACAGACUCUUACCACAGCGUGUUUUGGAACAACACAAACUGACCAAAGAGCAGUGGGAGGAGAGAAUACAGAACUGGCAUGAGGAACACAGAGGGAUGCUAAGGGAAGAUUCGAUGAUGGAAUACUUGAAGAUUGCGCAAGAUCUAGAGAUGUAUGGUGUCAACUACUUUGAAAUCAAGAAUAAGAAGGGUACUGAGCUGUGGCUAGGUGUUGAUGCUUUAGGCCUGAAUAUUUAUGAACAUGAUGACAAGUUAACACCUAAAAUUGGUUUUCCCUGGAGUGAAAUCAGAAAUAUUUCAUUUAAUGACAAAAAAUUCGUUAUAAAGCCAAUUGACAAAAAGGCACCUGAUUUUGUCUUCUAUGCACCUCGUCUGAGAAUCAAUAAACGAAUUUUGGCCUUAUGUAUGGGAAACCAUGAACUGUACAUGCGAAGGAGAAAGCCUGAUACUAUUGAAGUACAGCAGAUGAAGGCUCAGGCCCGGGAGGAAAAGCAUCAGAAGCAGCUAGAAAGGGCACAAUUAGAGAAUGAAAAGAAGAAACGAGAAAUAGCAGAAAAGGAAAAGGAAAGAAUAGAACGUGAAAAGGAAGAGCUGAUGGAGCGUCUGAGGCAGAUCGAAGAGCAAACAGUGAAAGCCCAGAAAGAACUAGAAGAACAGACUCGGAAAGCUCUAGAACUGGAGCAGGAGCGCCAGCGAGCAAAAGAGGAGGCAGAGCGGCUAGACAGGGAGCGCCGGGCUGCAGAAGAAGCCAAGUCUGCAAUCGCCAAGCAAGCUGCUGACCAGAUGAAGAACCAGGAGCAGCUGGCAGCAGAACUUGCCGAAUUCACUGCCAAGAUUGCACUUUUAGAAGAAGCCAAGAAGAAAAAGGAAGAGGAAGCUACUGAGUGGCAGCACAAAGCUUUUGCAGCUCAGGAAGACUUGGAAAAGACCAAAGAAGAGCUAAAAACUGUGAUGUCUGCGCCACCUCCACCUCCCCCUCCUCCAGUCAUCCCUCCCACGGAGAACGAGCAUGACGAGCAGGACGAGAACAGUGCGGAGGCCAGCGCCGAGCUGUCCAGCGAGGGGGUGAUGAACCACCGAAGCGAGGAGGAGCGGGUCACCGAAACCCAGAAGAAUGAACGCGUGAAGAAGCAGCUCCAGGCAUUGAGUUCAGAAUUAGCCCAAGCUAGAGAUGAAACCAAGAAGACACAGAACGAUGUUCUUCACGCUGAGAAUGUCAAGGCCGGCCGUGAUAAGUACAAGACCCUUCGGCAGAUUCGACAAGGCAAUACGAAGCAGCGCAUCGAUGAGUUUGAAGCCAUGUGAGAGCUGUUCUUGUGAUCCAUGUCCUUCAUAAGCUGAACCACCACCAGAGAAAAGCAGGCCUGUGCAGUGCAGAUGCAAUGGAACGCAUCCCACCUUGCCAAAGCACUCAUACCAGUCGACUGUGCUCACUAGCAGGACACUGAAGGGUGUCCUUCAUCAUUAAGGCAGUGUGAUGUCAUGUUUGGUCAUUUUUCUUUUGUCCAGGGAAUGGAUAAUGACAUUCUGUCACCCACCCUUUUGUACAUUUUUCACUUUUUGUUUGUUUCAUCUUUUUCAGUUGAAUAUUAAUACUAAUGGCCACGUCUGACAAAUGUGUGUAUGUGCUUUGAGCACUGUGUACAUCUUAGGAUAAUGGUGGACAUUUCAGUGCAUGUUUAGCUAAUGAACUUAGUUUUCUUUGCCCUUUCCAUGUUGUAGGCUACAUACAUCUCCAUGUUCAUUCUCAUGUUUUUUGUCAGUGUGACCUUCUCAUGCCCUGUCAUGAUAGAGCUGUAAUUCUGGUGUCACACGGAUCACUUACUGGAGGUGUAUAAUAUGAGAUAGUGAGGCAGACAGACAGACAGACAGACAUGGGACUACAUCAUAAGAUGAUUAGAAUGUUGGACAGCGUAGUAUGCAGCCAGUGGUUAGUUAUUACAAAGAUCCCUUAGUUACUGUAUUGUUUGCUUUCCUUAAGUGCAGUCAUCUCUGAUAGCUUGAGUGAUGGUGUUUCAAAUCCUGUAGUCCUAUGGUGGCUUUCCUUGCCUGUUACUUUAGAGAUCUAGCCACUAGGCAGUCGCUUCUAAGAAAAUUAUUGAUGAAGUGGCCUUGUAAGUACAUGGUCUCUGAAAAAAAUUCAAGUUUUGUUCUUAGGAUGUCCAAUAGAAGAUAACUGUGGAUGAUAACUAAUUCUAAUUGUUGAAGGGGGAAAAAAACCCAAACCUUGGCCUUUCUGCAAGGGCAGCAUAUGGAAACAUCAACUCUGAGAACAAAAUACUACCUCACUCUUUACGUACGUGGUGACUGUACGCACAGUCUGUGCUGCAUGUCUGUCACCCAUACGCAGUCUCAAUCAUGGCCUUCACUGAGUGCUUUUGAGAUCCCAGUGCUAAUGUUUUAACUGCCUUUCUGUUGAACUGUGGGGCUCUGAUUUGUGUCUAGAUUAUUGUAUAUUCUCACUGGUAUGCUGUUCCCUGGGGGGUGUUCUGUGUCCGACGCUGAGUGACCCUUUGUGAGAAAGACGUUGCCUUUGCAGUACAUGAAACAUCCCAUUCUUUGUUCUUGAUGGGAUAGGGGUCGUUAUUGUAGCAUAUUUGGUUUCUAAAUCACUGCUUAUUUUUAUUUGCAAUCUCUAAAAACAAAUUUUAUUUCAAUUACGUCUUACUGAAGAAGUCUUUCCAGCUAGAAAGAUGUUCUGACACUGUCUGAUCGUGAAGCACCUGAAUUUACAGAAGAUGCAGAAAGCCUCGUUUUCUCUGCGUGGUUCAGCUACUUUCCAUUUGGUAUUAUGCACUCAAACUUAACAUUUAUCUAUUAAAAUUGCCAUUUCAUUAAGCAAUUUUCACGCACAGUAGAUUCAACUUGUUUUUUGUGCUGUUUUUUGAUUUUUGCUGACUUAAAAAGGAUUAAUUUGGGCAGACAUUAUAAAAAGGAAAGGGUUAAUAUAUUUUUGGACUCUGUAGGACAAAAGAGAACUGGUUAACCUUGAAGUGACUGUUGUACAGUGGCUGUGCACGUGCUUCAGACUCAUUUGCGAGGGAAUGCUUUCUGUAUGAGAGGGAGACGGUAGGCCUUACCACUCAGACCUGGACGUAUAAGUGCUCACUUUUCCAACACAUCACAGCGAUAGUCCUUAUUGCUAAAGGACUUGGCUUCCCUCGGAGUUUUACUGAUUUAUUUUUUUCUCUUUGCAUUGUGUACAUUAUCAUUGCUACAUCAGUUGUUACAGUGUUGAAAGGCUACCAGUUAUAUUUGCUGUUAAUAGUCUAUUUGUAGAUUAGGAUUAAAGUGGGUUUAAUCCAUUUUUAUAGCUGUAUGAAUUUUUCUAAACAGGAACAGCCAUUUGCAAAAUGGGUUUUCAUAGUGAUUGCAUCAAUUAUAACAUUUAUCAUUAGCAGUUGAGAGCACAUGUUCAUAUAGCAAUGUAAAAACCUACUAAUGAGUAUUUGGUAAUUUCCCAUUAGCAUAAUUUUAUGUUGUACAAGUAAAUUACAAUUCCAUCUCUAAUCUUGGAUAAUACUGGUUGGUUAACAAUAAAGUGACAAAAGCUCCCGCCUUGGA